AUGGUUGUCUCCUCUAUGCAGCAUCACACCCACCAUCAACAACAGGGUUCCGUCCCACCGCAUCUUCAACAACAUUCUCGACCCUCGAGCGUUGUCCAUCAGCAACAUCAUAGCCAGGCCUCGGCACAGCAACCGCCUCCGCAACAGACUCAGCAUUCAAGCGCGUACGCGUACCCCCAGCAGAACCAGAGCAGCAACUCUCAAGAACACGGCCUGCCCUAUUACGCGCAAGCGAGUCCAUACAGCACACCGGGUGCGACAAGCGGAUACACGUCCGCAGACACCGGAGACAUGAUGGCCGCCACCAUGCAACGGCCUCCUUACCCCCCGAUCCAGUACCAUACUCCGCAAUCGAACUCGCCUGCUUCGGUGGCGUCGCCUUCGGCCCAUGACCAACAGCGGAGCAUGUAUGCGCAGCCUCCGUCGCAGCUGCAGCACCAGUCGAUGUACUAUGGAGCGCCUCAGCAACAGUACUCCUCCAUGCCGGCUCAGGCUGCGCAAUCCCCGUACGCGCAACAUGCGCAACAGCCUCAUCAAUCCAUGGGCUCCCAGCCGGGCAUGAUGAUGUCGCACACGCCGCCCCAACAUUCUAUUAACCAGCAUCCCAGCCAGCACCCGCAGCAAGGCAUGACGGUCAGCCCGCGCCCGGAUAAGAUUGAGACACACGGCCUCAACCAUCGGAUAUCAGCGACUUCCGCUCCAGUUGCCAUGAACAGUGCGUCGUCGGCCAGCCCCCAGAAUGGCGCGCCGCUCUCAACGCCGACUACCGCGUCUGGCGUCAACCCGAACGCGGCCCCUGGCCCGAUUCCGGCGACCACACCUCUUGUCGUGAGGCAGGAUACCAACGGAGUUCAAUGGAUUGCCUUUGAGUAUUCCCGCGACCGCGUCAAGAUGGAGUACACCAUCCGCUGCGAUGUCGAAUCGGUCAACCAAGACGAGCUAUCCGCCGAGUUCAAGACCGAGAACUGUGUCUACCCUCGCGCAUGCUGCCCGAAGGACCAGUACCGCGGCAACCGGCUGCAGUACGAGACUGAGUGCAACUCGGUCGGUUGGGCCCUGGCGCAACUUAACCCACCACUUCGCGGGAAGCGUGGCCUGAUUCAACGCGCCGUCGACAGCUGGCGUAACAGCAACCAGGACCCCCGGCUGAGGAGCCGUCGCGUCCGUCGCAUGGCGAAGAUGAACUACCGGAACCCCAAGACCGGCUCUACAACGCCUCAUGCCACCCACAUGCCUGCCGGGCCAGGAGGCCCAGGCUCUACCGGCAUGACUACCCCCACCGGUAUGACCGCCGGCAACAACCCGGCCAUGGGGAAGCCGGUAUUGAACAACAUGACCGCGCAAAUGCACCACCACCACAGUGGGCAACAAGAUGGGAGCGCACCUGGAGGAGAUGAAGUCGGAGACGGAGACUACUCGGACGAUCAGCAGCAUCACCACCACCAUCAGCAACCGUCCGCGCAAGGUGGCAGUGGUACUCAGGACCGUCCGACCCAGGUUUUCACCGGCUAUGGAUCCUACAGCGGCGCGCCGCAUGGCUCAUCGAUGCCCUCCAUCCAUGACACCUUGGGCGAUGCCCCCCAUGGCGGCAGCAUGGCCCCUCGCCGUUUGAGCGCUUCCCGUAACCUCCCGGACGGACCUGAAGAUCUCUUCCCGGAUAUCCCUGAGGCCAAGAAGCGCAAGUUCAUUCUUGUUGAGGACAGUGACCGGCAGAGCCGCCUGCGCGUGCGCGUCACACUCGAUGGUGUCGACACUCGUGAGAUUCCGGACAGCUUCCGCAAGAGUAGCAGUGUUUACCAGCGCUCCUACUUUCCCCGGGAGAUGCAGAGCCCCCCGCCUAGCGCCACUGGCAGUAAGUUCUUUGGCGACGACAUUAGUGACAUCGAGGACAACGGCACGACUGAUACCGAAGGUCGCCGUGCGGGCCGCGGUGGAGGCGCCUCGCGACGGGGCCACUCCAUGGUUAAGGUUCCUAUGCCCGGCGGCCAAGAGACGGAGGUAGCCAUCCCUCGCAUGCGUCGGGCGUUCCGCGGCAAGGAGGUCCGACUGAAUGAUUUGGGCUACCGCAUGGCCUGGCUCCAGAGCCGUGUGUUUGCGGGCCGUACAGUAUUUUUGCAACGAGCCCUGGACUCGUACCGUAACAAAACCCGCAGUGCUAUGGAGAGCGUUGCCCAGGACGUCAAGAUCGCCGCACCUCACUACGAGACGCGAGUCGGCAAGCGCAAGUUCACCGAUCGCAUGCGUCUCGGCGAGGAUAAGGACGAGUAG